AUGGGAUUCACCACCACUUCUGUAACGACCUUUCCCUCCCAUCUCCCGCGGCUUCGUCGUAUUCCCGAUGUUCCGGAAGACAUUGACUACGUUAUGGACCAUCUCAAUGAUCCUAACUUGGACUUGAAAAAGCCCCUGCUGUCUACAGAGUCUUUGGAGCUCGAGAGCAAGAAAGCUGGUCAGCUUCAAUACGCCCCUUCGGACCUCGAUACAGAGUCCAACAUUGACACUGUGUCGUACACCAGGGCCGAAUCCCGCAACUCGGCGGCUGUAGAUUUUGACGACGAAUCCCCUUACCCUGAAGUUCGCGCUGCUGUUCCUAGCAUCGAUGACCCCACUAUGCCUGUAAAUACCUUUAGAAUGUGGUUCCUGGGCAUUGUAUUCUCGAUCUUGGUCGCCGGCCUGAACACACUUUUCAAUUUCAGAUACCCCUCCGUCUAUAUCUCGAGUGUCGUUGUGCAGCUGAUUACUCUACCCCUCGGAAAACUGUUUGAGCACGUGCUGCCUACCAUCCAGUUCAACACAUUUGGUUAUCGUUGGUCGCUCAACCCCGGGCCCUUUAACAUCAAGGAACAUGCCUGUAUUACCGUGAUGUCGAGCAUCGUUGGCAAUGGAGCCGCUGGUUCUGACGUCUUUUUCGGUCAACAAAUGUUUUACGGUCAACAAAUGACCUUCGCCUACCAGAUCACCCUCGCUCUCGGUAUACAAAUUGCCGGUUAUUCGAUGGCUGGCUUCCUGCGGCAAUUCGUUGUUUGGCCUUCAAGUAUGAUCUGGCCUGGUGCCUUGGUCACUUCUGCGCUGUUCAACACUCUACACAAGAACUACAGCAAGCGGGAGCGGGGACACAUGACACGGGAGCGAUUCUUCCUUAUCGUUGUGAUAUGCAGCUUUGCGUAUCACUGGCUGCCUAGCUACCUCUUUACUGCGCUUAGCAUGUUCAACUGGGUGUGUUGGAUCGCACCCGAGAAUGUUGUUGUUAAUGCCCUUUUUGGCACGGCUACCGGCCUUGGUAUGGGCAUCUUCACGUUCGAUUGGGCCAUGAUAAGUUAUUUUGCAAGCCCCCUUGUGUCACCCUGGUGGUCUCAAUUGAACGUCAUAGUUUCCGCAUUCUUCUGGUUUUGGGUCAUCGUCCCAAUCGUCUAUUUUACGAAUAGUUUUAAUACGGGAUUCCUCCCAAUCUCGGCUCCCAUAUCCUUUGAUAGAUUUGGACUUCCUUACAAUGUGACCGCUGUCAUCACUGACGGUAAACUCGAUCUUGAAAAGUACCGAGGGUACUCUUCAAUGUUCCUCCCGGCCACUCUCAUCUUCGCAUACGCCUUGGCCUUCGGUUCUAUUACAGCAGUCCUCGUUCAUACAGUCUUGUGGUUCCGAAAGGACAUCGGUCGCCGCCUCCGUAGCUCUCUGAAGGACGAGCGCGAUGUGCACUCCCGUCUCAUGCAGGCUUACCCUGAAGCCCCGUUGUGGUGGUACGGAGCCCUCGGAGCAGUCUCCUUGGUGUUUCUGCUUAUCGGCAUUCACCUCUUCCCCACCGAGCUCCCCGUUUGGGCAUGUUUCAUUGCGCUUGCGAUCGCCGCCAUCCUCGCGUUACCCAUGUCCAUCCUGCAAGCCUUAACCAACCAAAGGAUCAGCAAUAUGCAGGUACUGUACGAACUCAUCGCUGGUUAUAUGUUCCCCAACCGGCCUAUCGCCAACGGUAUCUUCAAGGUUAUUGCUUAUACUGGAACUAAUCAAGGAGUCGCUUUCGCCGGUGAUCUGAAACUCGGCCAUUACAUGAAGGUACCUCCUCGUAUGAUGUUCAUGAUCCAGGUCGUCGCGACGACUAUCAGUUGCUUCGUUGUGAUCGGCGUGCAAAACUGGGCCUUGGUGAAUAUUGAGGAUAUCUGCACACCGCAUCAGAAGAAUGGCUUUACCUGCCCAGCGCAGAACCUGUUUGGUACUGCCACCGUCAUAUGGGGUGCUGUUGGACCUCAACGUAUGUUCAGUCCUGGCCAGCCGUACAAUUUCACACUCUGGUUCCUUCUGAUUGGAGCUGUUCUUCCUAUUCCUUUCUACUUCCUCGCCCGUCGCUACCCUCUCUCAAUUUGGAGAUACGUGAACAUUCCCCUUAUGUUUAUCGGAGUUGGUGCAUUUCCUCCCGCUACCGGAAUUAACUACGCCUCGUGGGCAUUGGUUGGAUUCAUCUUUAACUUCGUCAUCCGCCGCCGCCACUUCAAAUGGUGGAUGCGCUACAACUUCAUUCUUUCAGCUGGCUUAGAUGCCGGUCUUGCACUUUGCCUCAUCGUCAUCUUCUUCUGCAUCAGUCUACCCACAAAUAAGCAGGUCGUUUGGAUUGGGAAUACCAUCAUGCAAAAUACUGCCGACUUCAUGGGACUACCGUUCAAAAUGCCUCCCGAAACAGGUUUUGGUCCUUCAUCUUGGUAG